AUGACGAGUAAGACCGAUAUUGCAGGCCCGGGCUCGAAAUCAGAGAAGAUCAAGGACACGCUGAAGCAUCCCUUCUCAGACCUGCGAGAGAAGCUCAAGGAUACGCACAUCGGCGGCUUCAAGGAGGAGGCUACGCACUUGAAGCACAAGAUCGGCAAGUUUGCCAACCUCAUCAACUCCAACCAUCGCCAUGACGAGGAGCAUGAGAAGAUCACGGACGAGAAGAGGAAAAGGAUAGCAGCAGAGCAUCGCUUUGGGAGUUUUGCGCCCGAACGUGACGGUAACAAUGUCAAGUGGUACGUGGACGGUCGCGACUACUACUGGGCAGUGUCGACCGCACUAGAAGAGGCAAAAGAGACUAUUUAUAUCGCAGAUUGGUGGCUCUCCCCAGAGCUGUUUCUACGGAGGCCGCCAUACUUUAACCAAGAAUGGAGGCUUGAUCAGGUGCUGAAGCGAAAAGCAGAGGCUGGCGUCAAAAUCUACGUGAUCGUGUACAAGGAGGUGCAGCAAGCAUUGACUUGCAACAGCGCGCACACGAAGCACGCACUACGAGCAUUAUGUCCAGAGGGCACGCCAGGGUAUGGUAAUAUCAAGAUCAUGCGCCAUCCGGAUCAUAACGUCUUCGAGAAUGCCGGAGACAUGACUUUCUACUGGGCACAUCAUGAGAAGUUCAUAGUGAUUGACUAUAAUUUGGCGUUCAUUGGUGGCCUUGACCUUUGCUUCGGAAGAUGGGACUCAAAGGACCAUCCACUUUCGGAUGUGCACCCGGCCGGCGUGCAGAACGAAAUCUUUCCAGGACAAGAUUUCAACAACAAUCGCAUCAUGGAUUUCCAGACCGUAGAGGACUGGAAGACGAACGAACUAUCAAAGGCCGAGUAUGGACGUAUGCCAUGGCAUGACGUUGCAAUGGCACUUGUUGGGCCGUGUGUUUACGACAUUGCGGAGCAUUUUGUUCUACGCUGGAACUUUUGCAAGCGCGACAAAUACAAGCGAGACGAGCCAUUCGACUGGCUCGAGCUUGAAGGCCGUCAGGGUGACGAUGAGGAUCUGGUCGGGGUUCAGCGACCAAAAUACCCUGUCGGUGAAUACGUCAAGCACCCUCUGACACCACUGAGUAGCAAGAACAUUGGCAGUGAUCAGGGCACUGUCCACGCUCAGAUUGUACGGAGUAGUGCCGACUGGAGUAGCGGUCUUGACCCACCCGAGCACAGCAUUCAGAAUGCUUACUGCGAAGUCAUUCGUAACGCACAGCACUAUGUUUACAUUGAGAACCAAUUCUUCAUCACCGCGACUGGUGAGGAUCAGACUCCGAUUCACAACCAAAUUGGCAAGGCUAUUGUCGAUGCUUGUGUACGUGCUGGUAAGGAGAACAGGAAGUUUAGAGUGAUAAUCGUCAUUCCUGCCAUUCCUGGUUUUGCUGGCGACCUCAGAGAUGACGCUGCAAUGGGAACACGCGCGAUCAUGGACUAUCAAUACAAGUCUAUCAAUCGCGGCAAAAACAGUAUCAUGGAACAAAUCAAGGCGCAGGGCGUUGAUCCCACUCAACACGUCUAUGUAUUCAAUCUCCGCUCCUAUGAUCGCCUGAACUUUACCCCAGCUAUGAAGGUACAAGAGGAGAAGUCCGGGGUCAAGUAUCAAGACGUCCAGCGCGCCGAGGCGCAGGAGAUCAUGGGCACUGGAGUUUCAGGCGCAGCGGGAGACUCAUCGAGCGAAAGUGAGGGCGGCUAUGACUCGGACGAUGCAAACGAUGCGGCUAAAGAGGCUACGAUCGAUAAGAAACGCCGCUUUGAAGCAGCGCGUGAACAUGCCGGUAUUAGCGGGGAGGCGGAAGGACCAGAGUCCAAAGACAGUAUCGCAAAGAGUGCGCUUAAGGGAGAGAAGAAGGUCAGCGAGCUGGGAUGGAGUGAGCAGUCUUCUCAGCAAGAAAUCGACAACUACGUGCAAGAGGAGCUCUACAUCCACGCGAAGCUUCUCAUCGUCGAUGACAAGAUUGCUGUUUGCGGGAGCUCAAACAUCAACGAUCGGUCACAGCUCGGCUACCACGACUCCGAACUGUCGAUUGUCAUGACCGACACGAAGGUUUUGGAGUCAAAAAUGGACGGUCGGUCGUAUCAGGCUGGUCACCACGCUGCAACACUUCGCCGGACACUAUGGAUGGAGCACCUUGGACUGCUUCCCAACCUUCCCCUUGACGCCAAAGACGACCCAAACGCCGAGCCACCUACGCACUCACCCAACCGCUAUGAGGAGGGUGAAGACUGGGACUUUGUCGCCGACCCUCUCUCAGACGAUGUGUGGAACAUGUGGACUAGUCAAGCCACGACAAAUACAGAAGUGUUCCGAGACUUGUUCCACGCAGAUCCGGACGACGCCAUCAAGUCCUUUGAUGACUAUGCCAAGUUCCUGCCUCCCGGUGCGCAGAAACAAGGCCAUAUCUUCGGCAAGGACAAGAGCGUCGAGCAGAUCAGGACCGAGCUGGACAAGAUCCGAGGCCACCUGGUGUGGAUGCCUCUGACAUUCCUGGAGAAUGCAGAGAUGGCGGAAAAGGGCUUGCAGGUCAACAAUAUUACGGAGAGUAUCUAUACGUAG